CCAUUUUUUUUGUGUCUUGCUAUCAUUGUGAUUUUAUCUAGAUUUUCCUCCUUUAUUCCAUCCAGUUUACAGCAGAGAAUCAUUGUUUUUCUUGAAAACGCAUGCUCUUUCAUUUUUAUAUAGUACCCUAUUUUUGUUGUCCACAACCAUUAUUUCCUAGUAUAAUAACCUGUUUUUUUCUGAAUUGACAAUGCCUCUCAACACUGUCAGCAAAAAAAUUUUCACUGGAAUUUUUUGCAUUGUGUUUUGUAAACACUAUCUUUGUCCAAGAAUGAUUUGUAUUUACUGCAUUUGGUCAGGACAGAAGAUACACGUUCAAUUAAAACAUAUACACAUAAACCUGUUGGAUUCUUUUCUGCUCUUCAGUUAUUGAAAUACACAUGAGGCAGUCUGAGGAAUACAUUCAUAGAACCUGCAACCUGCACAUAUUGGUGCUUCCAAGUUUUUGUCACCUGGAAUGCAAGGAAGGGAGAACACCAGUUGUCUUUCUCACUUUAUAAACCCUGUAAAGGAAAUAAAUAAUGCCCUGGUUUUAUUUUGUAAAGCACAGCUUUAACUGUUCAGAGUAUUUCUUCCCAGUCCUGUGUGUUGAUGUUUCCCAAGAUUUGUUUAAGUCUGUUGAGUGCUUUCCCUUAAAAUAUUUAAGUAAAUAUGUACUGAUUUUUUUAAGUUCAGCCUUUAUUUGAAUUGGCAAAAUGUUAACUGAAUUUUUUUAAUACCUUGAAGAUUUUUUUAAAAUAUCAUCAAAAGUAAAUUCUUAAACUUUUUUUUAGUCCUGUAUUUGCUACUGAUCUUAAUUUUUUAAGAUGGAAAAUUUCAUUUUGGGCAUGUCCAUAUUCUUCUGAUGUUUAACUUCUAAGAAAUACAUGUCUGAUGUAACUAGAUAUGAUAGUUAUAGGUUUCUUGCUGUCUUGAAAUCACGUAUUCUAAAUCUGAAGGUUAUUAGGCGAUAACCGUAACAUAUCAGACACUGUACCAAGCAGCUAGUUAGCUUUCUGCUAAUACAUGCAGUAUGGUCAUCACUAGAAACUAAUUAGAAAGCAUUUUAUUCUAAGGUAAAUAUUGUUUGGCUUUAUAAAUAUUUUUAAUAAUUUUUAUACAGUUUGCAGUAAUGGAACAGCUACAGGAUCCCAUUAUGCAAGAAGAUGCAAAUAUUAAAGCUAUUAAUGAAGAGUACAGGAAAGCCUUUCUUUUUAUUAAUAAAGGACUGAAUACAGAUGAACUGGGUCAGAAGGAAGAGGCAAGAACUUAUUAUAAGCAAGGGCUUGACCACUUGCUCCGAGGAAUUAGCAUUCCAUCACAGGGCCCUGCAUGCAUAGGGUCCCAGUGGGAGUCUGCUAGGCAAAUGCAACAGAAGAUGAGGGAGACCCUGCAAAACGUUCACAUUCGACUUGGCAUUCUAGAACAAAACACCCCACCUGUGCAAGCGAGUCCUGCUGUGAUGGAUGCCCCUGAUGGGGUGCCCAGGUUGUACCCGUCUGUUCCUUCCAAAGAAAAGCCAGAAAGACCCCCUGCCCCUAAUUCUCUACUUGUACCAAGUCAGCCACCUGCAGCAGAUGGAAGUGUUGCAGCUGUGAGCCCAGGGCAAAUUCCAGCUAUGAGUCCAUCUGCAAAACCUCUUUGUCUGCCAAAUGAAGCACCUCCUGCCUAUACUCCUCAAGCUACCAAUGGCCAUUUUACUGUGUCCUAUGGCACAGACUCUGGGGAGUUUUCUUCUGUAAGUGAGGACUACUACAGCAAGUGUACUCAGCCACCUCCCCUUGAAAACCUGGGAGUGGAUGCAGAUGAGCUGAUCUUGAUUCCUCAAGGGGUACAGAUAUUCUUCGUGACUCCUGAUGGGCAGGUUAGUGCUCCUUCAUAUCCUGGAUAUCUGCGCAUUGUGAAGUUCUUGGAUACGGAUAGCGAGACGGCCCAGAAUCGUCCACCUGCAUUUCUUCAGGUCUGUGACUGGUUAUAUCCUCUAAUGCGUGACCAGUCUCCUGUUCUGUGCUGCAAUACUGGAGUCUACAUGUUCCCUGACACAAUGUCCCUGAUACCGGGAUCCUACGUGGGACUAGUACUGUCUUCAGAACUUCCAGCAGCUGACAGAGAGCUGUUUGAGGAUCUCUUAAAACAGAUGUCUGACCUUCGAAUCCAGGUGCCAGGAUCCCAUGAGAGAGUAGGGUUAUCUUCAGAGCUCCCAGCAACUGAGAGAGUGCAUUUUGAAGAUAAAUUUAAACAGAUGUCUGGCCACAAAGUCCAGCCUUCAGAUACCUCUGGUGAUGCAAUUAACUUGUCUCAGACUGUACGGAUUGAACCACAACCUGAAGGAGCAGAAAAUCAGAAAGAAUUGCCAGAAUGGAGUGAGAAAGUUGCCCAUGGAAUCUUGUCAGGUGCAUCUUGGGUAAGCUGGGGCCUAAUAAAAGGCGCAGAAUAUACUGGUAAAGCUAUACAUAAAGGAGCUUCUAAACUGCGAGAACACAUCCAACCAGAAGAAAAACCUCUGGAAGUCAACCCAACUGUAGCAAAGGGACUUCAUGUAGCAAAGCAGGCUACUGGAGGAGCUGUGAAAGUCAGCCAAUUCUUAGUCGAGGGAGUCUGUUCCAUAGCAAGCUGUGUUGGGAAGGAGCUGGCUCCACACGUAAAGAAGCAUGGCAGCAAAUUAGUUCCAGAGUCCCUCAGGAAAGAUAAAGACGGCAAAUCCACAUUGGAUGGUGCUCUGGUGGUAGCAGCAAGUGGAGUUCAAGGGUUUUCAACAGUGUGGCAAGGUUUAGAAAGUGCAGCGAAGUGCAUUGCUAAAAGCGUUUCAACUGAGACUGUAAAAACUGUCAAAUACAAGGAAGGUGACUGAAGUACCAGCUUUGCUCUAAUUAUGCAGCACAUGAUAAGCUGCUAAGUGCACAGUAAUGAGCAUCUCCUGUAAGUAAAAAUAUGAAAUGAGUAAAUGAUUGUGGUUUUUUAAGCUCUCUUCUAGAAGCAUUAUAACUUCAGGCUAUGCUAUAAAUAAUGUUCAGUUAUGUGUCUUUGUGCUACAGUAUAAUUUCAUUAUGAAAAAAGUUACUGAUUCAAACCUCUCAGCUCUGAUCCUGAAUUUAUGUAAACUUAGUUAAAUUUAAGAGAAAUGGAAGAACUUCAUCUCUUGGCAGGUCUGGCUAAAGGAAGUAGGUACAAAAAAAUUUGUGUAAGGAAAUCUAAGGCAUUAAUAGCAAUAAUGAGAUAGUCUCAACUUGCAAAAUACAGAUGUUCUUAGAAAAAGAUAAUGGGGAGAGAGGGUAGUAACAUUUUAGAUUAAGAUGAUGUUGGUAAAAUGAUAGACCAAGAAGGAGUGCCUGUACUGAAAAAUGCAGUCAAGAAUACAGGAAUAUAUUGAAAUGACUGCAAAAUGCGCUCCUCAAAAAAAGUGCAGUAGGUAUAGUUGAAAGUGAAGAGCCAAUGAACAUGUAGGUUAAGUGACAUCGGUGGUAAGUGUAGCGAGAGAUGUUCAAAAGGAUUGCUGGAAGUGCAUAGAGUACUAGGAGAAGGUAACAAUGUAAACAUGAGCAUAUAGCAUUAAAUGGAUUGGCAUUCAGGGUUGUGUUGUGAUGUGUUAAAAUAGAAGGCUAAAUAAUGAAGUUCUAGUCAGUGGUGCCUUAUUGCUAACAUUUGUGUUCAGUAGGAAUUCUGGGAGGUAUUGUACUGGUACUUGUUUCGCAUAAAUUCACAUUAAUGUUUUUG